UGCGGUGUAAACGUAGCCGAAAGUUGCCACCAUUUUGUUUUCAUACGGACAUCGAGAUAACUCGUGGUAAACUUCACACGAACCUCGGUGUUUCUGUUUGCGCGAAAACGUGCAAGUUGUAAAGAAAGGCUUGUGUAAAAAGUAUUUGUUUCAUCAUCAAAUUACAGUGUUCCUAACUCCCAGCUAUGAGCUUAUUUUUUGGAUCGUAGUUUGAAACUGUUUCAAUAUAUUAACGCCGGGUAAUGGCUGAGAUAGCUAAUUCUACCAUGUUUACAAACGGAGAUUCAUCCUCAGGGACAUCGGAUCUUCUUCAAAGAGCCUUUCAGGAGGUGGUUGACGAAGAAGAUACGGAAAAUGAAUUCGUAGCCUUUCUUCAGAGCGACGGAGUCGAGUCUCACACAAUUCAGUUAACACCAGCACAGGCCGCCGCUUUGGGGUUAUCUUUUGAAGUCGACCCUGUCGAAGAAGCUUCCGACGAAGUUUUAUGUCAAGCCGAUCAAAACGGUGCACUGACUGAAUUCCAAGAACACUUAAGCAGCGACGACAUAGUUCAGCUUCAACAAGAUCAGGCCGAAGACUCGUGUAGUAUCCAUGAUCUUAGGGAUACGAACCUAUCCAUUGACCACAUCGGCAUUAACGACGAUGAAAAUAAUUCAGAGACCGAGGAUGCACAGCAACAACUAGAAGAUGUCGCGACAGAGCAAAAUUUUUCCAUUCAGGACAAUGUUUUAACGCAACAAGUAUCAAACAAUGUGAGAUCGUCUAAAAUACAGUUUUCAACAAACCUGGAAGCCGGGACACAGUGCAGAUUUAUAGAUAAUCAACUACAAAAUCUGCAAUUUAGUAAUAUACAAACUUCUCAUGCUCAAGUAUUGAAACGGUUACCUGUGAUCCUUCCGUCGUCUCAAUUUGUGCUGAAGCCAGCUCAAACCGUUCUCAAACCAACAAGAAAUGUCAGGAUUCUUCCAAAUACGAACAAAGUGAUGAACUCAUCCAUUAACGCAAUCAAUACAGUUCACACAAUCAAUGGGUCCAGUCAAAACUCUAUAUUGAUACCAAAAACAAAGUUGUUAAACAGUAUACCCCCUCAAAUGCUCAAGGCGACCCCACUUACGACACAGCUGUUGAAUUCUAAUAACAUUGCAACUCAUUUGCUGGGUGCUACACAAAUUGUAGGAAACUCCUCAGACAUUUCAAAUCACAUUUUAAAUACAUCACAUAUCGGCACAUCUGUCAUGAAUACAACAUCUGUAUCAACACAGAGUAUCCUGAAUUCUCAAAUUUGCUUGUCAUCUCCUGUUUUGAGAACUACACAAUCGUCAUCUCAACGUCAAACUGCACAGCAUUUCUUAACGCCGUUUAUUAAAAAUACCACAAGCCCUAUUGCAUCGCCAGUUGUGAAAAGUACAAAUAUUCUGAGCAAUGGAAGUUCUAAAAAUAAUAUAGCAGGACAGAUUUUGAAGCCAAUGCAAAUUCCGACUCAGAUGCUUCGUACUGUUACUGCAUCAAUGAUAAAGAACUCUGCUGCAUCUACACCAGUGUUGAAAAACACUGUUUCUAAUGCAACCGCAUUCAGAGUGGGAGCAGCAGUUAAGUCAGCUGUUCAAGACUUGAAAUCUGUUUCAAGUAGUACAGCUUCAGUCUUGCGAUCUACACAGCUAGGCUCUACCCCAAUAUCUAUAUUGAAACCACAGAGUAAAGUCAUUACUACUAAUUCUUCAAGUCAAAAUCUUCCACAUAAUGCACACAACACCACAGGAAAUUCUAAAAUCAGUUUACAAAACUCUUGUUUACAACAAUGUGUAUCCUCAAAUAUACAGAAAGAGUUUAAUGGCGUGAAACAAGUGCAGAAUAAUACGAACUUCAUUAAAAUGAGACAAAACUUGGCUGCAAAUAUUGCUACUCCGACAUCAAUAAAAAAAUCCAAACCUGGUGUAACUCAAAAACAAGCCAAUUCUGGAACAGAGAAAACUGAUACCACCAAGCCAUUGGGUUCCAGUGAAAAUCCUAUACAAAUUGUGCAACAGGGUCACACAUUUCACAGUAUGCAACGACUAACACAAUCACAGUUGAAGCAAAUUGCGCAUGUUCUACAACAGCGAAGUCAAGAGGCCGCUAUGCCCAAUGAAAGAAUUGUGUAUAGAGUUGUCUUUCCGGAGGAAUUGGACUUGAGGAUUAGGAAUCCAGUAAAUUUGCUUAGAGGCCGAGGAGGGAAACGAGGUAGACCUAAAAAGAGUGCCAUUAGACCACCAGUUGCACCCACAAAGCCAACUGUAGUACCAGAAGAAGAACCAGAGGAAAAGGAUGAACGUAAGAAAGUAAUAGCUCGAACGCGGUCUGGGAGACUUUCACGACCACCCAGGCAUAUGGUGCGAGAUUAUAAACACCUACAUCACUUAGACUUUAUGCAGCCAGAUCUAGAUGAUUCAGAUGGAGGAUACAGUGAUUAUAAUACAAACAGUGAUAAAAUAGAAGACGAAGAAUCACCAAAGGAAUUACUUACUGGUUUAGAAGUGCCAAAGAGAAAAAUUUCCGAUCAUUUCAAAUGCCCCACGUGCCACAAAAUAUACCUUGGCAGAACACGUAUGGCUAGGCAUUUCGAAAUGCAUCCAGAUCACGGCAGUCCUGAACAAUUACCACCACCGACUCCAGAACCAGAAUUGAAGCAAGCAACUGUUCAAGAUCCAUUGAAACGGAAAGGGAAAAAACGAGGUCCGUGGGCAUAUGUAACUCCCGAAGCAAAAUCAGAACGACGACAGAUCAAACUGAAGGAAGCAAUUACAGUGUGUGAAAAUACAGAGAUAGUAAACAUUGCUGCAAAACCUGUGCUGAAUGCGUUAUCUCUGUACGAACUGUUGAUUUUGAAGUCUGAAAAUAAUGUGAGAAAUUUUUUGGAUGAACUGAAAAAAUUAAUGGACAAAAUUCGAGAAAAGGCCGGAACAAUGCUGACCGUUGCAUGUGAUGACAGUGGACCAAGUGACGACGUUAUAGACUUGUCUGAAGAUUUGCUUUGCGACUCUCUCGGUCUUAAUCCGGGGCUGUACAGAAUAAAUAACAGCGUCUUUGAAAAAACGCCAGUCGUGACCUCAAUCAAUACUGUUGAUACUGAGGAGCCUAUCUUGAAACGACAGAGGGUAGAAAAUUCCGAAGAUGUCAAAGAAAAUAUGGAUGAACAUAUGUCGAGUGGAUUUUCCGAGAACUCGGACUUGAGUGUUUCCGAUUUUUUGAAUGACAGGAAAACUGAUUCUAAUAUUAAUGCAAAUUGCCCGGAAGUAUUAACUGCUCUUACAUUAAUGCCUAGAAAUCCUAGUCCAGUCGAUAGUGCCGAAACAAAUAAGACUGAUAACAUGUCGAAAUUGUUGAUUUCAAAUCCAGAAAUUCAAAAUCAGAUUUCUGAUAGUUCUGGUUUUCAGAAAAUUGACAUAAACACAUCGAAAGUUCCAGGAUAUCAGAAAAUUGACACCUUAAGUCAAAGCUUCCAAAAGCUUGGUGAUACUUUAGAAGCUUCCAAUUGCACACAAGUCUUUGCCAAGGUGGAAGGAAAUUUUCAACACAAGAUCGAACAUUUAAAUCAAGCGUUUGUAAAAUUAGAACCAUUGGAUAGCGCUCUCGGAAAAUUGGACGCCAAGAUGGACGUUAGUUUGCCAAAACAGGAAUCGUGCAACUUUUCAAAGGUUAAAAACGAUUUUCAGAGUCUAGAAAAUGGAUCUCAGGAAUUAACCAAAGGUUUUCAGAAACUGGAAUCAUCAUGUAAUCAAAAAAUUGAAAUUACGAAUUCCAUUACGAAAGUUGUUCCUAUAACAUCGCAAGAUAUGAAUAGUAUGAAAGCACAUUGCACGGUAUCUGACAAUAACUUGGUUAAAAUGUUACCAAUUACAGCAAUUUCGAAAAUUACUGAAAGCUUACCUGUUUUACACGAUGCCGUAUCUAUCAUUUCAAGCACAUGUGAUUCAAAUCUUUUUGGUAGCACAGAAAACUUGGACAUGUCAAAAAUAGGUAGCUAUGAUCACAUUACUCACUUGGAUAUUUUGAACACUAGCGGCGUAAUCGACAAGAACUUGAUGAUUGAUGAAAAGUUAGUUGAACAAUUACACCUGGUUGAUCAAUCGAACUUGGUCGAUGAACUAGUCUCGGAACGAUUAAAAAACAUACCUGACUUUUCAGUGCAAAUAUCAAAUGGUCCAACGCUGCCAGAUAACAUUUUGGAAAAUAAUUUAAUAUCCAAUAACUCGAACUUGGACCCAGAAUUAGAUUUUGAAGCGUUAAGUGAAGAGUUCAAUAGAAAUACUCGAAGUUGAUUUUUGGACCGCUCUCCUUAUAUUUUUUCGUGUAAUCCAAUGUUAUAUCCAAAGAAUGCCCAGAACAGUAAUAUUUCAGUUGUUUAAGUUGAACUUCCGAGUAUAGUAAAGAUUAAUAACACGAAUCAUGAGUAGAAACUGGGGUUUAUUGAAUGAAUUCCAUAAACUUGAUGCAAGAAAUAUCUGACAAUUUAGGAAAAACUUUUCCUAGACUUCCUGUAAAUUACCGUUUAUGUCUAGUUAUUUAUUCUAUUUUUGCCCCUUCAAGUUACCCAGGUACAUACUUUAUGCGAAACUGCUUACAUAAACACACUGUCUGUGUGUCAAUACUUUUAAAUUUCUAUUGAAUAGUCGUUUUAUGUUCGAUAGUAAGGAAAAGUGCUGAUCCAAUUAGCAACUUUAAUAAUCACCAAACGUAUGUAAUUGACCCGAUUCUAUUUUCUAAGACUCACAUUCCGUAAUCUUGUAGCUCAGUUAAGAAAUCCUAUAAAUAUCUGUUCUUGUCAAUUAAAUACCGACAGACUCGUUUUUACGUGCCGUGUAUUCAUCGUGAUUUCAUACAUUAGUAUGAGACGUUAGGAGAAAUACGAAUGAUCGAGUUUAGAUGUGACGUUUUAUUGUUAUUUAUGAGAAACUUACUAUUAUUUCUUAUUAUUUAGGUACUAUGCUUAGCACAAAGCGGUACUAGAUUAUAUUACUAUGCUAAAUUAUUACUGUAAAUAUAAUGUAUAUCUGUGUAGAUAACUGACUACGCAAUGAAUCGAACUUCGCAUGUGUUGUUUAAUUCGCUUGCAAAGUAAGGCAAAGAUACUGUAAUAUGGCUAUCGUGAUACUAGUUUUUAUUUUUAUUUUCGUUCUCUUUACAUUAAAUGAAGGUGAAAUUUUAUCGUACAGUAAUUACGAAAUAAAAAGGAGAAGACUGCAGAUCAGAUGCAGUACUUACAUUGCCAGUAUUUCAAAUGACAAAAUCGCCAUGUAUUUUAUCAUGCGAAAAUGUGAUGAUGAGAACAUAAAACAGUUUAUUUCAACUAUAUUAUAGAUUUUUUGUAUGUUUUAUGAAUAAGACGGAUAGAUCAAUUGCAUUAUUAUAAAAUUGUUAAUCCAAAUCUACAAUAACGAUAGAAAGAUUGAUUCAUAUCCUGUUAUAAAUUGUCGAAGUUGCAGUCCGUGUGUCCACAUACUCAGGUAAUGAAUUUGAGUUUACCAAAUGCUCAUUGUUUAUUUACAUGAACUUAAUAUUCAAAAUUUAAUAAAAUAACAUGAUAGAAAUAGUUAUCUUGAAAUAUAAUGCAAUAUCUUUGUUUUUCUAUGAAGUACACAGUUAGAAGAAAAAGGCCCAGCAGGUUCACUAAAAUUUUUUGAUUUUGAUACAUUUUUUAAUGUAUUACUGAGCGAAAAGAACGUAAAAAUUACAAAUUAAAUAUUUGUAUGACGGUGUUAAAAUAACAAAAAUGUGUGUCAUAUUCACUAUCAGAAAUGUAACAAAUAUAAAGUGGACUUGCUGGGACAUUAUGUUUAGUUAAAUUUUUCUAACAGUGUAAAUACUGUGUGCUACAAACAUAAAUUAACGUUAACUCAGAGAUCUCAUAAUACUGGCAUACUGUAAACGACGAUAAUUGUGUCAGCGUAAGCUUAGGUGGUGAAUACUUACGACUUAAAAAAACGUAAAGAAUAUGGUUGUUCCAAGUGUUUUAUUUAAAUCAUAACGGUUAUCAUUUAUAUAGCUAGUAGUACAAAGCACAAAUUUUUUAGGUGCUUUUAAACGAAGAUGUAAACUAAAAUAACUUUAUGUUAAAAUUACUAUAUGUAAAUAUGUAUUAUAACACAAAAUACGAAGUGUUGGAAAAAGAAAUAGUAUAUUUCAUUAUGGUACUACUAAUUCUAUACCAGAGUGAGUAAAUAAAUGUCAUAUAGUGUGAAACUCUAGGAUGAAAUGAUUCGCAAUUUGUAAGCUUGUAAAGAUGUUUUAGUUUCCUAAAAAAAUAAUGGAAAAUCUGUGGGCAUUACUGAAUUACAUAUCUCAUAUCCUGCUCUACUGUAUCGCGGCGAUACCAGAUAAAUGAAUCAUCGAUACGUAAAUAGAUGCAUAAUCUAGCAAGUUAAACAAGUUUAUUAGACUCAACUAGACAAGAAUGUUACAUCGAGUGUCCAGUGAUUUGGUAUUCCUACCCAACUGAGACGAAGUAUGAGGGGAUCAAACUGCAUAGAAUUUUUUAUAUGGCUGUGGACAACAAAGUGUGAAAAAAGUAACAUCAAAAAUGUGCUAUUAUCCUUGAGUAUGGAUUUGUAUUCAACGAUCUCUUUGGAUAGUGAAUUUAGAUUCACCCAUUCUCAUAAUGUAUAGAAUAGAUGAUAUGCGUAAAAUAUAUAUAACAAAAAGUAAUAACAAUUCAACGUAUUUUUUUGCUGCUAAUAUUGCUCAUUUAAAAUGUACUAAUCAUG